AUGCAUUGCUUUGUGCUGUUCUUCUUUCUCUUGGGAUACUAUUCUCAGUACACAACAGCUUUACAGCUUCAUUACCUUCCACCACCACUGUUGGUCACUUGCUCAAAUGCACAACACCAUGUCUACCAGAGGCAUGACAAUGAACUUCGUAUCUCAUGCUUCUGGGAUGGAAAACUUGACUUGAAGUAUUCAAGAAAUCAAAGACUGGCUUCAGAAAUCAAAGGUGAAGACCAUGGAAUGCAAGCUCCUCCAUAUUGUCAGUGGUUUCAAGACUCCAUCUUGGUACAGAAUACAAGUCAUUGGUCAGGUCAACUGGUGUUGAGUACAGAUGAGGACAGAGGAGAUGCCCGUCCACCUUGGGCCUUUACUCGUGUCAUAAUGCAGUGUGUAUCAGCCUUGUGUGUUGUGCCCUCUUGUUCUCACAAUAAUCUAAGCAUUGAAGUUGCCAGACAAGAUGUCCGUCUCUUUCUUCUCUCACCACAGAACCUUCCAAUUCGUGAGUGGGAACCUGUGCAGCUGGGCUGGUGUGCCCGCCUUAAGAGUUCCACCUGGAGCUACCAUUUUAAGAGCCAAGGAGGUAGUCCUGCAGAAUUCCUCAUCCCCAGCAACCAGCACAGUGAGCCAUUUGCACCCACUGUUUUUCUCAGUUCAGAACUACACCAUGUGUGUGCUUCGUAUUAUAAUUAUCACGUAACUGUGUGUUAUCCCCGCCGUGGAUUCUACACUGCUUCCCUUCAGAUUGAGAAUGGGCCUCAGCUCACACGUAGUUUGGACUUAUAUGUGGAGCCUGCUCUCCUCCAUGUAUUUAGUACCACUUCCACAUUGCUCAGCCUCCCUGAUAGGACACUCAACUUUUCUUGGACUCUCCGACCGCUAAGCCCCAGAAUCAUGGCUUACUCACUGGUAGAUGAGCAGGGCCUGGAGGAAUGGUCUCUCUCCCACAACUAUAAUCCUUUUGCUAUACAAAGCAAUUUCUGUGCUGCACCCAAAUCACAAAAUUCUAGGGACAAAAUAGUAGCCAACAUCUAUUUCCGUACUAAUGACAGAAUAUCUGGAGAGCUGCUGGGAAAAAUGGAUUUCUCUAACAAGACUCUGAUUUUCAGAACAGGCAGCAGAACAAUUUACCUCACACUGAACCCACAAAAAGUCCAAAUGGGCAUGUAUAUUUUUAGCCAUGCAUCGGGACUCUACCAUUCCACCCAGGAAAUUAUGACUGCAAAUGACACAAGGGAGCAAUCCAGCUUUCACUAUAUUUUUUACCAACAGCAGAGCCUGUCAUACCUAAUCAUCCUCGAAUUUAUUCAGCUACGAUGGUACAGAUUCAGCAUGCACUUGUAUCUGAACCGAAGAGACAAUCUGUUCAAGUCUUUAGGAGAAAAAGAUAUGGACAUUCACAUAUUCAGUGACCAUUCUCCUGAAGAAAGUGUGGUCUAUAUUGUAUGGUUUAUUCCAUUACAGCAUCCACAGCUCCAGUGCGAAUGGGCCUUCAAUUUGCAACUUUUUGAUUCCAGGAAGAAGCACCUUCUUUGGAACAGCACCUACACGUACAGGAAUCAUGUAAAAAGUGCUGCUCGUUUUCUUCCUCACUCUGUUUUAUCUUUCAGACCUACCCUAUACACUGGUUUUGUAGCCCCGGUGAACUGCAGGAAAAGUGGACUUGCACACGCUAUUCUAAAGGCCACAGUGAAUACUUACGCUUCAAAAGUAACAGAGCCAACAGUGGCUUGCCAAAAAAGCUACUGCCAUGAGCUGACAGUCACAAUCCACAAACCAAAUCCUUCUAAUCUUAUAAUGGGUUAUAAGAGAGGGUCAGCAAUUACACUGCAAGCAACCAUGAAAGCAGAAUGCAGAACUAGCCCAAGUCUAGGCCUAGGCUGGAAAAUCUAUAGCCUUACAAUGGCAUCGUCUAUUCCAGACUGGGCAAAUCCUCUAAUGCUACCUAAUGAAAUAAAUACAGAUGGAGUAAUGUUUAACAUACCUAGAAAUGUCCUGUCUUACGGUUUUUAUCAUGUGAAUGUAACCAUGAGAGUUCUCCUGCCUGAGUAUGCUAUGACGUUUGUGGAAUCAGAUUCAGUAAUUCUCCAAAUUCUACCAAGUGACUUAGUGGCAGUCAUAGCUGGAGGCUUGUUCCGGACAGUUGGUGUUUCUGAUUUCUGGGCUUUGAAUGCAUCUGCCUCAUUUGACCCUGAUUCAGCCAAACCCCUUGAAGGACUUGUGUUUAGGUGGUACUGCACCCAACAGGAAUUGGACUAUUCAAUAAUGAAAUUAAGUCCGGAUCAAAAAUGCCAGCCACAUCAAAUGGACUUACUCUGGAGUUAUUCUACUCAUUCAGUUCAAAUGGUGAAACCUAACGUGCUUCAGGAAAAUAUGAAGUAUUAUUUCGUUCUUGUAGUUCUAAAGCAGGACAGAAUGGCAAGCUCAUUUCAAACAGUGCAUGUCGUUCCUGGUUCUGUACCAUUGCUGGAUGUCACCUGUUUAGAAAAUUGUGAGAAAUCCAUCAAAGUGUCAGAAAGCUUUAUCCUGUCUGGAAGGUGUCUAAAUUGUGAGAAAACUGAACCAGUUUACCUCUGGACACUACUUUCUGCCAACUCCAAGGAAAUAAAUUUUGACUGGGCUUCCAAAACUAAAACAGGAAGAUCAAAUCCAUACAUGCAUAUAAAUUCUUUUGCACUCAGAUACAUGGUAGGUAAAUCCUAUACUCUUAGCUUGAAAGUAAGCACACAGGGAAGACAUUCAGCUGUUUAUAAGUAUUCAUUUUAUGUGAACCCUCCACCACGGACUGGAAAAUGUAUCAUUUAUCCAAAGGAAGGUACUGCAUUCUUUACAAAAUUCACUGUCCAGUGUACUGGAUUUGAAGUAAAAAAUGGACCUCUUACAUAUAAAGUGAUGGUGUACUCUGAUCCAACAGAAACAACGAACACAACAUAUUUACAGAAUACUGUAUUAGGAACAGCAGUGUACAUUGGUUAUCAACGGAAAACUCCUCCAUCAUUUCUCCCUCCUGGCUUACCAUCUAAAAAUUAUGCCUUGGUGAUAUAUGUUCAAGUGUAUGAUGCUGAUGGUAUAUUUUCUCAAGUCACUUUGCAGGCAACUGUGUAUGAUCCAGGAAGGAAUAGGUCAAGUGAUGAGGUUCUUUAUGAACUGCGUAAUCUAGUCAGAAGGCUAAAUGGUCCUAUAUCAGUUUUCCUGAAAACCAAAGACUACUUUAAUAUGGGCUUAUAUAUAUAUAUGGUAGCCUCUUCAUUAAAUAACAUUGAAGCAUCACCACUCAUUUAUGACUUAAAAGUUGAUUUACGGGAAAUCCUGCUUAACUUGUCUGUAGGGAUUCCCCUGACAGGAAUACAAAUUAUAAACCAAAUAGUUUCAAGUACCUGUCAAAUAACACAGGAUGUUAAGGAAAUUAGUAGAGAAUCGCAAUUGCUUACACUCAGAAUUUUAAAAAAUGCCACUGAAGCCCUAAAAAGGCACAGACUAAAAGAUCUAAAGUCUAAGGAACUGGAGGUCCUUGGCAAUGGUAUAUUUAUUGGGCUGUCCAAUGUGUUGAGAGCAUCUGUCGGGAACCACCAGAAUAUCAAUAUAAAUGGUGUUCAAGAAGCCAUUCACGUGACAGAAAUAUUAGCAGACCUUGUCUUAGGAAGGAAAGUCCCUGGGGAGCAUGAAACUAACAUGGAAGCCAAAGAUUGGUCCCUCCACUUAUGGAAGAAUGAAAAAAGAGAUGUUUCUAGAGUUUUCUCUAUGAAGAAACAAUGCAGAAAUUGCUUUUAUCCUCGACUGAGCCAGGAGACUCACAAUGAAUUACCAGCAGAUGCAGUGGUUUCCACAGUUAACUACAUAUUUGAUAAGGAUCCCUUCCCUUGGCUAGCAAAUACAUCAGAUAUUCACACCGCAGUGAUUGGAUUCAAAAUGGUAGGAGCCAAAUCUAAUGGUGACGUUGUAGGGAUAAACCCUGGAGUAGCAGAUGUGAUUUUGGUGAGAAAAGAUCAGAAAUCAAACCCCUUUAAUUUGACAAUAGGACCAGAUAGAGAACUCUACAAAACGACUGGUGGUUUUAAUAUUGAAAUGAAACCAACUACCCAAGAUACAUUUAUCCAGAUUCUGAGUGAGAUAAAUGUUACUUUUGAUGUAUCUAUCCACCUGGGUCUCAAUGUCAGCCACCCUCCAAUAGCAUCUUAUACCGCUUUCUCUGAUAAACCUCCAGUACCACAUGAAAUGCACCCCACCAUCACUGACUGUGCCAUUCAAGCACCAUAUAUCCUGUGUCUUCCUCAUUCGUUACUUCGAUCUGCAUUCAAAGGCAGCAGAAGAAAUACAUGGAACGUUUCAGUGGUAAUCAAAUCAGACCCAAUUGUGAGAAGGCAAACCACGAAAAUAGUUCGCAUUGUGGUUUUUACAGCAGACUGCCUAAAUCUGGACAGCCUUCAGAACCAGUGGAAAGGAGGAUCAUGUAGUUUGGGCCCUCAGAGCAGCUGGUCCAAGAUACAUUGCAUUUGUGAAGCAAAAGAGUCUAACACAAAAACCAGUCGCCAAUUGAUGGAUGAUUCUGACAUCAAAUUUUUGUCCGGCAGACUUGUAUUAUACCCAAAUCCUCUGGACAUCAAUAAGGUCCUCUUAGCAGAAUUCGAUACAAAUCCAGUUACCUUGUUUACUGUAUUUUCUAUUUUUGCAGGCUACAUUUUCUGUGCUACCUGGGCCAUGAUCAAAGAUAAAGCCGAUUUGAAAAGAAAAAAUAAAAUAUUAGUCCUACCAGACAACGACCCUUACCAAAAAGUUCGCUAUCUGGUCACCAUAUAUACAGGUAGCCGUUUGGGAUCUGGAACCACAGCAGACAUUUUUCUUGAAUUGAUAGGGCAGAACGGUGUCAGUGAUGUACAUCACAUGAAGCAUCCACAGUUCCCUACCUUCUCUCGUGCAUCCAUCGACACCUUUCUUCUAACUACUAAAUAUGACUUGGGGCAGAUUUUGUCCCUUCACGUCUGGCACAAUACCAGCGGUUCUUCCCCAAACUGGUACUUAAGCCGAGUCAAAAUACAUAAUGUUCAGACGAAACAGUCCUGGCUGUUCCUUUGUAGAAACUGGUUAGGGCUUGGCAAGGCUGAUGGUAAAAUAGAAAGAUCAUUUGCUGCCAGAAAUCUAAAAUCCAGCUUAAAUAAAAUGGAUUACUUCUUGAUUAACCUUGCCCGAGAUCUGGAAGAGAGUCACAUAUGGCUCUCCAUUUUUUCUGAGGUUGCCACUGGUUCUUUCACCAGAGUGCAAAGAGUAUCUUGUUGCUUGGUCAUAAUGCUCACUACUCUGCUAUUUAAUAUCAUGUUCUUUAGUGGUGAAGAGGAAAAGGAAGUUAUAUCAGUGAAGCAACGGUAUCUGAAGUCCAUCUAUAUUGGAUUUGUGAGUGCUUUGUUUUCCAUCCCUGUGCAAUUGACUAUAACAGUCUUAUUUAAGUACUCUCAAGAUAAACCUUCAGUACAGAACACAAGUAAGAAUGACCCAAGAGAAGACCUCCCUUCUUUGUCUGAAACCCUAAUGAAAGAGGGUACUUUGCCAGAUGAGCAAACUUCACAUUCAAAAGUCCAAGAUAUGCCAUUUCCAGAAGAUAAUGCCAGCAACAAUAAUGUACCAGAUGAGGAUUCAAGUAGCAGCAGCGAUGCAGAUCAGAUGGCUGUGCAUCCAGAGCUGCUGUUCUUUUUUAAAACACCACGGUUUUCAUGGUUUUGGAGAUAUGUCGCUUGGGCUCUAGUCUUUUUAAUAUCUGGGGCUUCUGCCUUUUUGAUUAUAUUAUAUGGUUUGACCUAUGGAUAUACAACAUCAAUGGAGUGGUUCAUAGCAUCCAUGACAUCGUUUUUUGAGAGUGUGUUUUUGCUGCAAACCCUAAAGAUGGGCCUCAUCUCAGCCAUGAGUACUAUUACUCUUAAGUACUGUGAAAAUAUUAACUGGAUAAGCACAGAACAAUACCAACAUCUGAAACUGGUUCAAUUCAGUAUGGAUGAUAAAGAGAUGAGAUGGAUUCAUAAUGAAUUUAUCAGAGUCAGACGUACCAAGGAAUAUGCACCUUUAAUAGAGGAUGAACUCAUUGUUUUGAGGAAAAAAGUAAGGGCUCAACACCUGGCGUUUGUUUUUGUAAAAGAUAUAAUCUGUCACCUUCUUUUCUCAUCCUGCGUUUUAUCUGUUGCUUACUCCAUAGAACCGACAACUACGUUUUAUUACAACAAAGCUAUAUAUAACAAGUUUUCUCCUGGCCUAUCAAAAGUAAAUAAGCUGGAGCAUAUUUACAUGUGGAUGAGUAAUGUCUUUGUGCCACUGAUACACAACGACUAUGAACCCACUUAUCUUUCAGAGUCUUGGUCCAAAAUACUUGGCUUGCCCAGAAUGAGGCAAAUAAGGGCAAAAAACACCAAAAAAACAUGUUUUACUUCUCACAGCUUUUUAAAUAAGUAUGUGAUUAGUAAAAGCCACUGCCGCCAUAAUUAUAAUACUGAUUCAGAAGACCAAAGUGAUUAUAUUAAUUCAUGGACCAACCCAGCCAAUCAAUCAGCUACAAAUCACUCCAGCAGUUUUCAAGGGUUUACAUACCAGUCAGACAUUUAUCAGUGGGAAUAUAAAUCUUAUGGUGUUUUCAAUGCAUAUGGACCUGGCGGAUAUUCCUUUUAUUUUUUUCCUCGAGAACAGCGACCCAAUACGACACUGAGACUGGAUGAUUUACAGAGGAACAACUGGCUUGAUGAGCGGACAUGGGCAGUGAUUUUUGAGUUAACUACGUUUAAUCCAGACGUCAAUCUUUACUGCAGCAUUACUAUUAUGUUUGAAACGACUGAUAUGGGUGUUGUUAAUGCAAGUUUGUCUGUUCAUUCUUACAAACUAUCUAUUUUUCGCUAUGUAACCAACUCUCAGAAGGUUGUGUAUGGAAUUAUAGUAUAUAUUCUUGUAUUUUACCUUGCUGAUGAAUUUCACAUGUUACGGCAAGAAAGGAUAGGUUACCUCAAAACUGCCACAAACUUAAAUAAUUUUGCAAUAAAGACCAUCUGUAUUUUUUUUAUAUUGCUAAUUGCGCUGAAAUACAAGCUGGCGUUCACUUUGUUAGAGUUUCAUUUGCUUAAUCCAGAGGAAUUUGUUCCCUUCCAUGUAGUUUCUCAGGUUGACCAGCUCUACAGAAUGGUUACAGGCGUUUUGGCUUUUCUUCUGGUUUUGAAACCAUAUCGCUAUUUCAGAUUUCUUUACAAAAUGCGUUUGGCAGAAAAAACAAUGUCUGCAGCUUUUCCUGGAUUCAUUUAUUUGACUAUGUUUGCUGCUCUGUUAUUUUCUACCUACAUGUCAUUUGGGUACCUAAUAUUUGGUGAAUAUGAAUGGAGUUAUAAUACAUUGAUACAUUCUCUUCAGACUGUAGUUUCAUAUUGUUUUUCUGGACUUAAAAGGACUGGUAUUGUUACAUCCGAUAGAUGGCUGGGGAUAUUUUUCCGAGGUUCAUUUAUGUUAGUAUUUAUAUGUGUUUUUAUUAAUCUGUGGAGAGCCCUUUUAAUGUCUACUUACAUAUCAAUGAAACAACCUGUCUAUGAACAACAUUCUGAUGAAGCAGAAGCAAUAAACUUUGUGGUUUUGAAGAUCCAACAUAUAUGGCGUUCUAUCACCUACCAAACAUCAUCUGAAAGUGACACUGCUGUUGCCAACACUAUAAUCUUUGGAAAACCUGUGAUCACUGAGAAGCAACAAAAAGGACUGAGAACCAAACAAUUAGAUGGCAAGAAAAUAGAUUGUCUUUCUAUUUAA